UACAGUCACUUCAUCCUCUUCUGCGGAGUCUAGCCCCGGUUUGCCCGGUCCACCUAUUGGGAAUGCUACUCAAGUGCAUUUUGUGACAAAUCCAGACUCCGAAUAUGGAAUGGCUGCAAACCAAGUGUGGUACAUUCCCUUUACUAUCACAACAUCUUCAAAUCUUACCUGGGACAACAGUGCACCGAUCGUCUGGAUGAACCUUAAAAACACUGCCAUAACAUCUUCAGCUGUGGGCACCUUGGAGAAAGGGGGCUGGGUGAUUGGAAAUACAGCAAUGGCCGGGUUCUACCGCGUCAACUACGAUUUGGAGAACUGGAAUAAUAUCCUAAAUCAACUCUUGAGUGAUUAUACUAAAAUUCACACCAUUAAUAGGGGACAAGUGAUGGACGACCUUUUCAAUUUGUUAAGAGGAGAUAUCCGCCCAGUAAAUAUCGCCCUGGCCAUGACAUCAACGACAUAUCUCUCCAGUGAAACAGACUACAUGCCACUCUCAGUGGGCAUUCGUCAUCUGGAGUACAUUUCUUAUAUGCUGGCAAGAAGUGAAUUCUUCGGGAUAUAUAGGGAAUAUAUUAUUAAACUACUUACGCCUGUUUAUAACCGUAUGGGUUGGACAGAUACAGGAAAACAGAUGGAAAGAUUCACGCGUAUUAAGGUGCUAACGUUCAUGUGUAGUCUUAACUACCGCCCAUGUGUACUGAAAGGACUGGAGCUGUUUGACCAGUGGAAGGCUUCUCCAACCCCAGAUCAAGUUAACCCGAUCCCCGACAACCUACGCGAGCCAGUUUACAUGGCUGCUAUCAAGUACGGCCCAGACUCCAACUGGGAUUUCCUGUACGCAAGAAGCAGGCAGUCCAGAGUUGCCUCAGACAGACAGAGGAUGCUGCGGGCGUGUGCAAACACCAGGACACCUUGGCUAGUCAACAGGUUGUUGAGAUAUACCUUGGACCAGACUCAGGUCCGCUAUGAGGAUGCGCCCACUGUGAUGGCUGCGUGUGGUUUCACACCGGCCGGCAGAACCCUGGCAUGGGACUGGCUGAGAGCUAACUGGCAGGCUGUUUAUGACAGGUUUGGUCAGUUAUCCUACUAUAUGUCGGAUAUCAUCGAUAAAGUCACGAUGCGAUUCAAUUCCCAAUUUGAACUGUCGUCAUUGAUCGACUGGAUUAAUCGUCAAGAGCAUUUAGGUACGGGCACACGUGCGUUUGAGCGCGCAGUGGAGAAAACACGGGCCAACAUCCGAUGGUUGGAAAAUAACGAAGCACCCCUCGGAGAGUGGCUUAAUGUUGAGAGGACGAGGCCAACUAGAGACGGGUCACCAACUAGAGACGGGUCACUGGAUUCUGGGGAUCACACUGGCCACGAGAACCAAACCUUUGUUGAUCCAUUUGCGUCAAGUUGA